AAAGAAGUAACGUGAAAAUUUUGUGGCAAGAUUCUGAUGCGAGGAUAAAAUUGAUUCCUUUGUUUUUGGUGUAUAGAGCAUCGGUUCGGUUGCGCUCAGUGAGGUGUGCACAAGUGCCGCGGCAGUGAACGGAUUUCGGAGGCACAUUUGGCCUGAAACCAGUUGCGGGCGACAGGUGCGAAUGGACAGAAUAUUCGCGAUUCAUUGGUACCUUCGUGUCGAGUGAGUGAGCAAAGCAGCAGCACAGAAAUAAAACUCCCUCUACGAAAAUGGCGUCGAUAGAUUCGCAGUCGAAAAAUCGAAUGCAGGGAUUCAAAAACAAAGGCAAGGAUCAAGAUGAGAUGAGGAGACGGCGAAACGAAGUGACGGUGGAACUACGCAAAAACAAAAGGGAAGAGACCAUCCUGAAGCGGCGCAAUGUUCCGCAGACCGCGGAAUCGACCGACGAGGAAGACUACACCCUGCAAUCCAACUUGAAGAAGCUGGUCGAGAAGGCGGCAAACAGCAGCGACAAAGAGGGCCAGCUGAUGGCAGUCCAGGCCGCGCGCAGAUUAUUGUCGUCCGAUCGCAACCCGCCGAUCAACAAUCUGAUCGAUAGUGGCAUUCUCCCGAUUUUGGUCAAUUGUCUCGAGCAGGAUGACAACCAGGUGCUGCAGUUCGAGGCGGCCUGGGCCCUCACAAACAUCGCCUCCGGAACGGCCCAACAGACGAAUCAGGUGGUGCUGGCCGGUGCCGUGCCACUGUUUCUGCGUCUGCUUAGCUCGCCUGCGCCGAACGUGUGCGAGCAGGCCGUUUGGGCGCUCGGCAACAUCAUCGGCGAUGGACCGGGCCUACGCGACUACGUGAUUAAGCUCGGCGUCGUACAGCCGCUGCUGUCCUUCAUCAAGCCGGAAAUCCCGAUCCCGUUCCUGCGCAACGUCACCUGGGUGAUCGUGAACCUUUGCCGCAACAAGGAUCCGGCACCACCGGUCGCUACGAUUCACGAGAUUCUGCCAGCGCUGAACAUGCUGAUCCACCACACGGACAUCAACAUUCUGGUCGAUACGGUGUGGGCCCUAAGCUAUUUGACCGACGGCGGCAAUGAACAGAUUCAGCUCGUCAUUGACAGUGGCGUCGUGCCGAAGCUCAUACCACUCCUGUCGCACGUGGAAGUUAAGGUACAGACUGCCGCUUUGAGAGCUGUUGGCAAUAUUGUCACUGGAUCAGACGAUCAGACGCAGGUCGUGCUGAACUGUGAUGCUCUGUCGCAUUUCCCAAAUCUGCUGACCCAUACCAAGGACAAGAUUCGCAAGGAAGCCGUCUGGUUCCUGUCCAACAUUACCGCAGGCAAUCAGUCGCAGGUGCAGGCCGUCAUCGACGCUGGAUUGUUGCCGAAGAUUAUUGAAAAUCUGAAGCACGGUGACUUCCAAACGCAGAAGGAAGCUGCUUGGGCUAUCAGCAACCUCACGAUCAGCGGUAAUCGUGAGCAGGUGGCCCAGCUGAUACACGACAGGGCUAUUCCUCCGUUCUGCGACCUGCUCCUGUGCCAGGACAGUCAAGUGAUUAAUGUCAUUUUGGACGGUAUCAACAACAUGCUGAAGCUGGCUGGACCACACUCAGAGCACAUCGCCAACCUAAUCGAAGAGUGCGAUGGAGUGUCAAAGAUCGAGAAUUUGCAAAACCACGAAAAUCUCGAAAUCUACAAGCUGGCAUACGAUAUCAUCGAGCAGUUCUUCUCGGACGAUGCGGAUGAGGCUGUCCUUGAAGACCUCAGACCUGCUGCAGACGACAACGCGUUCCAGUUCAACCAGAACCCGAAUAUUCCUCGCGACGGAUUCAACUUCUAAGGGUUUCGAUCCCGUAUAUAUCGCCCAAGACACGUUCACCUAGGACAUACACUUAGACACACACACACACACACAUACUCACAGGGACGAUCUUUGAUACGAGGACACAAGCGUUCGUCAGUGGAGGUAAUCAGCUUCUUGCGCUUUAUUACAGCAAGGAUUUUGUUCUAAAUGCGGAUAUUUUCUGGACUUAUUACGUUAAACGUUAGAAUCACGCCAAUUAAUCGAUCGAUUAUUUAAGUGCUAAAUUUUCACCAAGGGAACGUUCAUCAUCAGAAUUAGUUUUGUUAUAUUUUUCUUGCAUACUGUUUAUACAGCAGAUAGUAUAUACAAUGGUGUGUGCUCGUAUGUGAAUAGGGCAAUAUGACACAGUUGCUAGCGUAGAAAAAGGCUGGCAAUUCCGCCCAUACGAGCACAAUAUUCCCUAUUCUAGAGUGUAGUACAGCUCAGCCAUCUCUGCUGGUGGUCCCUUGUUUUCCGUUAUUAAAAUCGAAAUAUAGGAAAAUUGUAAACUUAAUCCAGCAGCAUGCAGCUGUAGCAUGCAUGCAAUAAUGGAAUUACUAAAGAACCAAGUAA